AUGGGGCGGUUUGGAGAUCCGGCAUUGGAAGCGGUCUACCAGGACUACCAACUCGGCCAGAAUGUUUCUUUGAUGGUUUAUGCCCUAUGUAUAUAUACUACUACUCUUAUUUUAUUGGCCCUAAGUCAUCUUUUCCGGACAGAUUGGGUUCUUUUGCUAGCUACAACUUCGGCUUCAUUCGCGUUGGCUCUGAACAUCAUUUUAAAUAUUCGGUCUAAAAAGCAUCACAGCAGUAUUCUAAAAGUGAUUGCUCUGUGGUUAUGUACAACAACUGGCUGUACAUUGAUAUCCGGAGGUCAGAACGGGUUGCUUCCAGUGAUCAUCACCUGCUUUACAUUGUACACCAUCUUUUGCUUCCAUCUCGCCUGGACUGUUUUUAUUUGCGUUUCAUUAUCCCUUGCGCAAGUGGUGGUAUUCGUUCUUCAUCCGGUGUUGCCGUUCUCCAUAUCACAGGUGAGUAAUUAAGGUCUUUAAAGAGUGUGUUAAGAAUGAAGUGUUAAGUCUCGUUGACCUUUGUUUAAAUUUCUUCAACUUUUUGCCAACUGACUCUUCAUUAAUCUUUUUUUUGUCAUCGGAAGGAACAAAGAAACUUUUUUUAAAUCUGCAACAAGUAUUAUGUACAUAAUUGCUGAUAUUAUUUCGCAAUCUCGAAUGAAUCAUUUCUUUCAGCUUAUAGCCACGGUCAUUGUUCAUGUCUGCAGUAAUGGAAUUGGGAUCUACUUGUAUACAAUGAGAAAUCGACUAAGUAGAGCCAUGUUUUUGAAUUCCCGCAACGUUCUCAUGUCCCACCUGGAAGCCUUGAAACAACAGGGAGUUCUGGAGACUCUUCUGUCUGCGGUUUGUCCAAAGAAUCAGCUUCAAGAUGGACUCAAAUAUCUCUACGAGAAUAUGGGGACUAUGUCCACUGUUAAUGUUACUAGUUACAGACAAUCCGGGUAAGUUGUGAUUAAAAGGGCUUACAUUUUAAUUUCCGUUUACAGUGUUUUAUACGCCCAAUUUGACGGAAUGGAAGACCUUUUGUCUCAGAUCAGCCUUCAAGACUCUGGAAGAUUAAUCGCCGAAUUCGAACAGAGAAUAUCCAUUAUUGCUCAAGUAAGAAUUAGAUAACAGCAAUCAUAAUACUCAUAUUUCUUUUAGAAAUACGACCUCAUCAAGGUUUCCUCGUCUAACAUUGUUCUGGUCGCCAUUAAAACCGAAGACGAUUCGUUCCCUGAGGGCAGGAUUUGUCAAGCUGCGUUGGAUCUCCAUCUGAUGAUACGGUAAGACUUAAAAAGUCACUGUCUUACAACUUGCUAUGCAAACAGUGAAAACACUCGAUACGUAUUCGUGUUGCACGUUCCAAUGACGUUUUUUCAGCGGAUUCUGUGAAGCCAGUUCAUCAGAAAUUAAAGUGAAGAUCGGCUUAGCCAGCGGAUCCGUUUCGAGUGCUUUUCUCGGCGCCAGUAAAUGGCAUUUGGAAGUAACGGGGCCAGCGAUGGAUGAGGCCCUUCAACUCUCCCGCCUGUCCAGCAUGGGAACCAUACUCGUUUCGAGUCAAAUGAAGCCAAUAGUAGAUCAGCAUUACAAUCUCGAACAAAUCGAGCUCCAGAAAUACAUCUAUUGGAGAUUGGUGUCUUCGAAGAAUGGAGUCAGCACUCAGGCCAAUUUAUUAUUCCCAAAUCAGCGAAGAAUGUCGCUGACUACGUUGCCUCAGGCAGUUAACCGACUUCUUAAUGUCUGUGCUUCUCAAAAUACAUCAAAUACUGAGAAUGCAAUUACAAUGAAUGGAAGAAGAAAGAAGAAAGUUGUGGAUUCGUUAAACGAUCAGCUAAUUCUGGAUGAUUCUGAAUCCUCUAAAUGGAUGAAUAUGGCCACGAUGAGAUUCAGAGAGAAGACCAUCGAGAAGGCGUAUCACUUUGAGUUGGAUCGAUGGUUUAUCCCGGCCUUGACCAUCUGCAUCAUCCUCAUGAUUCUUUACGGUGGAUAUCAAUGUUUGGUGAUGCCGCGACUUUUGGUUACAAUCGUCAUGCUCACAAUUGCUAUCGCUAUGACCUUAUCCUUGCUUCCUUUGCUCUAUGCCAGAGACUUGGAACAUUUUUGUCAUUUUGUGACCCAGACUUUUAUUGGUCAUUACAUCACCAUUAUUCUGGUAUUGGUGUUGAUGUAUGUUUGCGUGGUGGUCAAUAUCUUCUCCUGUCCAACUGAUGGGCACUCCUCUUCCACUUGUCAUGUUGUUUACUAUCCAGUGGCCUCAAUUCUCUUCUGGAUGUUGGCCGCUUCUUCUUUCAUUAGGUUUGGAUCAAUUUACUUAUUGUCCUUGCUGUCGGUUGGGAUCGGUAUCUUCUGUAUUCACAUGUUCUUUACCCACGCAUAUCUCUAUACUUCAUUUGGAGCAUUCAUGGGGUAAGCAAUCCUCAUUUGAAUUACAAAGAUUUAACAUUUUCAGAUGGCCAAUUCAAACAGAUAUCGUCCUCGGAUUAUUUACGUUUUCUUUUCUUAUGUACCUCCAGAGCCGAAGAAAUGAAAAGUUGAUCCGAAUCGACUUCAUAUCACAUCUGAAGGUAAUAAAUCCCCGAGCACACUUUAGAUCCGUUUAAUCUUUUUUUUCUUAUCACAAAUAACAUUUUUAGUUCAUGGAAAACAUGCGGCGUUUCGAUCGUGUGAACGAGCUAAUAAAGACCCAAUUAAAUAACCAACUGCCCGAACAUGUCGCCAACAAUUAUCUCAAUCGAACUGACCCUUAUUGCCAUCUCUGUCAGAGUGUGGGCAUUCUUACUGUAAAGUUCGGCGAGGAUUCUGACUGGCAUGGAAUUCUGGGAUUACAAAGGCUACAAGAGCUGAUAAGGGAACUUGAUCUACUAGUGGAGAGCUUCACGGGUCUCGAGAAAGUACGAAACAAUGGCUCGUUGUAUAUUGUGGCCGUUGGGGUAUUGCCAGAGGCCCAAAACAAUGUCCAUGAUGCUCCAUUUACUAUUGGAGACCUGUUGGCCUCGUUGACAAACUUUUCUUUCGCUGUCAAAGAGAUCGCGACAGAAGAGAACAUCAAAUUUAGCUUAGGUAAAGCCUUAUUUCUCUUGUUUCAUGAGGAAAAUUCCAUUGCAGUCUUCGUUUGUUUUAGGAAUGGAUUGUGGACCUGCGCUUUCGGUUGUGAUCGGAGGUAAUCGUCCCCAUUACGAAGUAAUUGGAGCGCCCAAAGCCCGAAGUUAUAAAUUGAUGGAAACUGCCGAAAAGACUUUCAACCGGAUUCUGGUGUCAGAGGAAAUAUAUCUGGCGUUGAGACCACGAAACUUCAAUUUGGAUGACCGUAACCCAAUCCAGAUCGCCCCUGGACUAAUUGGCUAUGGAUUUGUCGGAGAUAUCACAACUGAUGUGAACAUUCCUUCAAUCCGAGCCCGAGUCAUUAAUUCCAACAAUGAAUGCAAACCCCAUAGAGAUGAGGGAUCUUCGGCCGAGAGCAGUGAUGAAGAUGACCACAGUGGAGACAGAUUGAUUGAAGAGAAAACGGAGAGCACCACCCUACCUACAAUGCCCACACAAUCGAUGAAAGAGAAUGGCCAAUGUCAUCCACUCAGCUUCUUUGCCGAGCAUAAUCGACCAACAACAACUGAGAGGAAGCUGGAAGACUUCACAUCAAUGAAUUCAUCCAUCUCAUCGGAGUUAUAUUCGAUUGAUAUGAGCGUAGAAACGGACUCGGAUAUGGAAUGGAUAACACCGGAGAUGAUGUUGUAUGAUAAAGCCAAUCAGAACAGACCCCCCGCCAGUCCAAGUCAAGCGUAUAAGGGAGAUUGUGCCAAACAAUAUUCUGAUUUCUCGGAGAUUGAAAACUUUAGAGGAUCAGCAAGUGUCUACAAAAAGAGAAAGAGACGGUAAAAAAUAAAUUAAGCCAUUAAUUCGUAAUUUCAGACAAAAACGUCUUCCACUGAAUCGAAAUGGGCCGAAGAUUCCUGAUUGGUUAAGUAGCAAGUCAUCCUUUGCCUCAGAGGUGUCCUUACCUCAUGCUGAUUAUGCCCCGGCUAUAGAAAAACUGGAUUCGACCAGUAAACGAGUAGAUCGAAUGCUGCAAGAGCUGGCCAACAUAAAUAUCCAGAAGCACCCCAACAAUCAGCCCUUCCCAACUGGACUUUCUAAUAGCAUGAGGAGCGUAAAUUCGAAGAGAGAAAUGAGUAGUGCAUGCCAUACUGAAUACGAUAACGCUGAUUCGGAGACAGCUUUCUCGGACAACGAAUUCAUGGAGUCCAGAAGGUAGGAUAAUGUCUUUCUAUUCCAAGGUUUUUUUACAUUUUCAGAAGUCUAAAUGAUUCCAAAACUGGGCGAACCUCCAGAUUGGCAGCUAUGGCCAGAAGCCUUGGCCGUCGAAAAAAGCCAGUGGAUAUCGAAAAUGAUGCUGACAUCGACAGUAAUUGCUCUUCCCUGAGAGGAUCCACGAUGUUCGAUGGUCUUCGCUGGAAGUCGGUCCAUUCGAUUGGCUACGAAAACGAAUACGAAUUCGUUUCCGAGACAGACAUUUCCAACGCCGGCUCAAAACUCUCAGGAAUCUCGAAUCAACCAGCUGUCCGAGGAGCUGUGGGAAUUGAUAUAAACUGUAAAGCGAUGGAUGAUGACGAGUCCGAGGAUGACGUCAUCGACCAGAAUACGGCAAAGGAAGUCCUUCAAAUCGCACAGGACAUUCGACGCAACUUUGGAGACUUUGAAUUGUCCACGUUCUCGGAUCGGGAAACUUGA